UCCGUGUUCUGUCCACGCCCUUUCCUACCCAACUUGCGUCUUGUCAACUAGUUUUGACACUGAUUUGGAGCCUUGCCUGUGAUUUGGACGACCAGGAAAAGCUGACCCGCACAUACAUGCAGGGUCUUUUUUGUUUUUGGGGGCAAUAAUUUGUCAUAUCAUAUUCUGCUUUUGAAAAAAAAUCUCCGAACUUCGACAGACUUGGAACCAAACAGAGGGCGGCUUUUUCCCCAGGGAUCCUUCAGAAACACCGAGGCUACAGUGACUGUGAAUGGCCUGACAUCCUCCAGACACAAGCAACCCUAAUGCACAUCGUUUCGGAGUGUUGCUCGGCGGAGAUAUGACCGGGAUGGUCGAGGGGUGAGUGGGCAUGACAGUCUGCCAGGCCGAGGGAAGGGCCAGGGAUGCCUGCUGGCUAGUCGCUUAACUUGGACUGUAAGUGUCGAAGAAAAGCAGGGAUCGUUUUGUCUUUCGGCACAUGGUUUCUAUCUGGUUCCACGUUUACACUAACGUUAUGUCAGUGGCAAAGGACGUAGGUAGCGUACUAAAACUCUAGCACACGAACUAAAAGCUGGCACGGACGAUACAAGGAGCUACUGUGCAGGGACAUUAGCUCCAAGUUAAGUCACCGUCCGUUGUCCACACUGGUUGAAGCUAAUGGGAGCUAGCUGUGCUGCUCUUACUGCAUUUAGUUGACCCAAUAAAACACUCACAGCUUUGAUCAGUUUUUUAAAUGACCGUCAACUGUCAAGCAAUACAAUCGCUAUCAAUGGCUGAUCAUGUUCUUAUCUUUUAAUGUAACCCGUCGCCCUGCUGUCUGGGUUAAUAAUGCAGCAAUUACCAGCGUUGGAUUUCUUCACGCACCACUGGAUUGACUGAAUACUAGAGUUUAUCAUCUCCAUUUUUGCUGCUAUUGUUAUUCUUGCUUGAGGAAGCCCUGCACAGUGCAAACUAACCAGGUACCAUGGAUGGACAUGUGCAGAAACCGACUCAUCUGGCCCGAGAACUAACACGGAUAUUUAACAGCUUCAAUAAGCACUCCAUACAACUCAAGAAGAACCUGAAGGAGACGAACCUGUUCUUCCGGGAAAUAAGACAGAAUUAUAGUAAUGCAUGUGCAUCAGCGAUCAACUCGGACGCAGCGUCCCUUGAAGCAGGUCAGCUCAGCUGCAUCUCGUUCCCCAGCCAUGAGGAGGAGUUCCUCCGGAACAACGUGGGAGCGUCUCCUUACAUCCUGGUCCUGGGCCAGGACUGCGCCGCGCGCUACCGCCUGCUGAACUGCAUCCUCGGGGAGAGGCUGCUGCCGCCGGUGCACGAGGCCGGGGUGGCCUGCGAGGGGGACGAGGUGACCGUCUGCAAGAGGAGGAAGCUGUGUUUCACCCACGGCCGGCAGACGCGGCUCAGCCUGGCGCUGCCCGGCCAGUACGAGCUGGUCCACCAGCUGGCGGCGAACUGCGGCCGCUGGGACACGGUGCCCCUGGAGGACCUGGAGAUCCACGACGAGUGUGAGGACCCGGCCCACCGGCUAGCCGAGCUGGAGAUCACCCUGCAUCAUCCACUGCUACAGGAAGCAAAGAUCAUGGUGGUGCCCUGUCCCAGCGUGCAGCCCAUCGAGGAGGCCCUGGCGGACUGCACGCGCAACAUCACGCCCAUCGUCCUGUACGCCCUGAACCAGGACGCCCUGAGCGCCGAGCAGGUGGCGGAGCUCCGCAGGGCCAAGGAGAUCCUCCCCGUCCCCAUCUGCUUCGUCCGCAUCCCCGCCGUCAUGCCGACGGCCUCGCCGGAGCCGGGGCGGCGGGCGGAGCGCGAGCGGGAGCGGGAGCGGGAGAAGAGCCCCCUCUACAAGCAGCUGCUCUCGCUGGGCUUCCUGAGCAGCCCCGCCGGGAACUGCACCUGCGGAGCGCCGUCGCAGUCGCCGGCGCCGGGCGCCACGCCCCAGAGCGUGCUGGGGGAGGCCUUCGAGCGGCUGCACCGCCUGCUGGUGCCCUUCGCCCGCCAGGUGCUGCACAACCAGCAGGUGGAGGCGGCCAACCUGCUGAACGGCGUGCACUGCCGCUGCCUGGACCUCUUCAUCAACCAGGCGUUCGACAUGCAGCGGGACCUGCAGAUCACGCCGCGCCGUCUGGAGUACACCCGGGAGAAGGAGGCGGAGCUCUUCGCCUCCCUCAUGGCCAUCGCCAACCGCAAGCAGGAGGAGAUGAAGGAGAUGAUCGUGGAGACGCUGGCCAGCAUGAAGGACCAGCUGCUGGAGGACGCCGCCAACCUGCAGUUCAAAGAUAUCAUCGUGACGACCAGCGGAGAGCCCGUUACGUCAAAGGAGAUCAAGACCUGCAUCCAGGAGAUCCAGGAGCUGAUCGUGGGUCGGCUGAACCAGGCCGUGGCCAAUAAGCUGAUAAGCUCGGUGGACUAUUUGAGAGAGAGCUUCGUAGGAACUCUGGAACGCUGUCUCAGCAGUCUGGAGAAAUCCACCAUUGAUUCCUCUGUCCACAAUAUCACAUCCAAUCACCUCAAACAGAUAUUAAACGCUGCUUAUCACGUGGAGGUCACCUUCCAUUCUGGGUCCUCCAUCACCAGACUGGUCUGGGAACAGGUCAAACAGAUAGUCCAGAGGAUCACCUUCGUGAACCCGCCCUCCAUCACCCCGGAGUGGAAGCGGAAGGUGGCCCAGGACGCCAUCGAGAGCCUGAGCGCCGCCAAGCUGGCGCGCAGCAUCUGCUCCCAGUUCAGGACGCGCCUCAACAGCUCCCACGACGCCUUCGCCGCCUCCCUACGACAGCUGGAGGAGGGCCACACGGGGCGGUUGGAGCGCACGGAGGACCUGUGGCUGCGGGUGAGGAAGGACCACGCACCUCGCCUGGCCCGCCUCUCCCUGGAGAGCCGCUCGCUGAGGGACGUCCUCCUGCACGGCAAGCCCAAACUGGGCCGAGAGUUGGGCCGCGGCCAGUACGGAGUGGUCUACCUGUGUGACAACUGGGGGGGGAACAACCCCUGCGCCCUGAAGUCGGUGGUUCCUCCCGACGACAAACAUUGGAAUGAUCUGGCCCUGGAGUUCCACUACACCAGGUCCUUGCCGAAGCACGAGCGGCUGGUGGACCUGCACGGCUCGGUGAUUGACCACACCUACGGUGGAGGCUCCAGCAUCGCCGUGCUGCUCAUCAUGGAGCGGCUCCACAGGGACCUCUACGCCGGCAUCAAGGCUGGUCUGUCGCUGCAGGAGAGGCUCCAGGUGGCUCUGGACGUGGUGGAGGGCAUCCGCUUCCUGCACGGCCAGGGUCUGCUGCACAGAGACAUCAAGCUGAAGAACGUCCUGUUGGACAAACAGAACCGGGCGAAGAUCACAGACCUGGGCUUCUGCAAGCCCGAGGCCAUGAUGUCCGGCAGCAUCGUGGGCACCCCCAUCCACAUGGCCCCGGAGCUGUUCACCGGGAAGUACGAUAACUCUGUGGACGUGUACGCGUUCGGGAUCCUGUUCUGGUACCUCUGCACCGGCUCGGUGAAGCUCCCAGAGGCCUUCGAGAAGUGUGCCAGCAAGGACCAGCUCUGGACCAACGUCAAGAAAGGCGCCAGGCCCGAGAGGCUGGCCAGCUUCGACGAGGAGUGCUGGCAGCUGAUGGAGGCCUGCUGGAACGGGGACCCCUCCCAGAGGCCCCUGUUGGGCAUCGUGGAGCCCAGCCUGCAGAGCAUCACGUCGCGCCUCUGCCACUGCGGCUCCGACCAGAAGAGCAGCAGCCUGGAGGAUUCAGCCUGAAGGAAGGAGGAGAAACAAAUAAAAGACGAAGACAACAUUCCUUUUUGGUGACGGACGACACUCAGGUGUGUUGUUCGUUGGGACUGGCGUCGUAACGCGUAGAGCAGGUAUAGGAUAUAGGAUGUCUAAGCUGUUCUUGUUUACCACUGUUAGAUUUACACUAUUUAUAUGACAUUGAUACAAAAGACCAAUAGGUUCACAAACAUGUUUUCUUUGUUUGCGCUUUGUGUAUUUGUAUACAAACUCUGACAUUGUGCUAUUGUGUCUCGGCCGCAAUGCUAAUUACUUAGUGGUCGGACAACUUGUUACUAGGUGCAAAGAUGUUUUAAAGAAAGAAUAAAAAUAGACCCAUUUUCAGUAUUAUGACUUCAUGUGUAAAAGAUACAUUUUAGACUAUUUAAAUUGAAUUUACUGCUGCAUCCAUACAAAAAUACGUUGUGUUUUAAAUAAAAAAAGGUGAAAAUUUUCAAUUA